CAUGGCUCCCUCGAUAGAGAGGCAAGGAUACUGGGGGCGGCCGACCUCAACGCUGGACUGGUGUGAAGAAAAUUAUGUCGUCUCUUUCUACAUAGCGGAAUUUUGGAAUACUGUGAGCAACCUGAUUAUGAUUCUUCCUCCCAUCUGUGGGGCCAUCCAGACAUUUCGUGACGGCCUCGAGUUUCGCUACAUCUGCUCUUUCCUCGGACUAGCAGCUGUUGGUGUUGGUUCCUGGUGCUUCCAUAUGACGCUGCUGUAUGAGAUGCAGCUACUGGACGAGUUGCCUAUGAUUUACAGUACAUGCGUCUUUGUCUACUGUCUAUACGAGUGCUUCAAACAAGAGAAAGGCAUUAGUUUCUUUCCUAUUGCAUUGUUAUUAAUCUUCAGUGUCUUGGUCACUGUGGUUUACUUACAAUGGAAGGAGCCAGUGUUUCACCAGGUCAUGUAUGGUGCCCUUGUAGCUUGCCUAGUGAUGCGAUCCAUCUUCAUUGUUACGUGGGUGUACCCGUGGCUCAGACCUCUGUGCUACACCUCCUUAGGUAUCUUUAUGUUAGGGUUUCUGCUGUGGAACAUUGACAACAUCUUCUGUGAUUCAUUAAGAGCCAGUAGACAAACGCUGCCCCCUGGUGUUGGAGUAGUAACACAGUUCCAUGCUUGGUGGCACAUCUUCACAGGCCUGGGAUCCUACCUGCACAUACUUCUCAGCCUGCAGAUCAGGUCAACCUACCUCAAGUACAGACCAAAAGUAAAGGUAUCCUUUUUUAUGUUGUACUUGUACUGUUGUUUAUUAUUAUUCAUUCUUUUAUUCAACCAUUCAUUUGUUAAUUUUUCCUUCCCUGCCGUGACUUUGUUCAGUUUGUGUGUGGAGUUUGGCCCACACUGCACAUUGAACCACAGAAGACGAGCUGAAGUGAAGGGACGGGGACCAGCUGAAGGAUGGUGACUGCCAUAUCCACACACCAUCAGCACAGGAACCCACUGCUGGGAACUUAGCCCACAGGCAGGGGGUAGGUGGACCCCAAGACACCACCCCAGGGAGCCUUUGGUUCUGCACUGUGGGGAUUUACUAAAGUACAGUAUAGCACUGAUUCCAGUUUUAAGAAAUGGAAGAUUUUUUUCAUCAUUCAUAAUUUAUUAGACUAGCUUUUGUGUAACUUUAUUGAAAUGUAAUAAUUUUACUUGCUCCUUCACUUUCAAUGCAGUUAUGAUAUGUAGUCCACUGCAGUGGUAACUGUUGAAAGAGUUAUGGGUGUUAGCUUGAUUAGGGUUUGGGAAAAGGGAAAACAGCAUAAUUAAUUAUUAAUUAUUAACAACUAAGAAUUCAUAUUAGCAUAUUUAUCAUUGUAUCUUCGAUUCUGUGAAUGUUUGAAUCUAAGUUUAAAGAUAUUUAAAUAGACUAAAAUAUAACUAAGACUAUUGCUUGUGUGUAGUUUUACAUGUAGCUGAGGGAGCUGGACUUACAACUCAGUGCUGUCGUUUCCUGGAUGUGCUCACUAAUAUGGGAUAGUAAUUACCAGCUAGAGAGUGAAAGUGGUACGGUGUUACUGUAGCUCAGCUGUCUGACCAGAAGAUCUUUAUCCAUUUGUUUGGCCACAGGCUUCAUUUUUCACUUGAAGUGUUUCUAUCAAAAUACGCCAAGACUGGAAUUACUCAUUUCUUUUUCUUUUUUUUUUUAGUGGUUGUUGCCAAAGUUGGGAUUUUUGGGAUUUAAAACGUAAUGUUAAUGUUUUGACCUCAUUAUAAACAAACAAGAAAUGCAGUGCUAACAUACAGUUUGGUUACAGACAUCAUUACACUGCCUUCUAAUUUUGUUUAGGACCAGGUUAAACAUCGGCCUGCUAUACAGAGCAAGUUGGACCACUUUGUGCGUCUCGAGUUUCUGUGGACACUUUUACAAUGCUGACACAGCCGUUAAAGCGAUACUCCACACAGAUUUGUGGUCCGUGAAGGACUAAGACUUUAGAGCCACCUUUCAUGCCCACAGGGGUUUUGUAUCGGGUUUGUUUCACAGUGAGCCUCCUUCAAGGUGUGUUAGCUUUAGAGACCACUUUGUUGGGAUGACCAGCAUCUAGCGAGUGUGUGUGUGAUCAGGCAUAAAUAAUGCAAACACGCAGAAACAUCACUGGAAAUGCAUCAGGUCAGUCUGCCUAUAGUUCAUCUCAAGCCAUUACCACUGGCCACAUCACUGCAGCUGAUGUGUUCAGCUAGCGUAGAGCACAGUAUGAGUAAAUAAGCUGAUAGGUGAAACCCAGCAAACUAAGUUUACCUGCUAAACAAAAUAAUUUUCCUAAAUAUCCUAAUUGUUAAUUUUAAGUGAAAGGACCAAGUGAAUGAAUGGAGCAUAUCUGGAUGAUUCAAGCUGCAGAGAACGGGGUGUACUAGACACAGCCAGUUCUGGGUAGCUGUCUGUCUUUCUGUCUCCUGCUUCAUUACAGUAAAUCUCAUUCAUAUCUGUCGUUGUAAACAAUAAUGUGCCCCUUUCAAAAAAAAAAGGAUUUAAGUCAAGAGUUUUGAAAUCCCUUCAUCUAUAGGUACUCAAGAUUUCCACAUCUCCCCACAAUACUACUACAUUUUAUUUAUUACUCUGUUAUUUAUUUGUCCUUUUUCUUUUUAUUUAUUUGCACCAUGGUGUAAAGAUGGAGAGUCAAAUGGCACAUAAACGCACCGCAGUGAUAUCUUUGUGAAACAGUUCACGAUACAACCACUAGGUGGCAGAAGUUCCCAGAUUAUUUCAGACAUUGCCAAGCAUGCUAUAGUGCAUCAACAAACUACCUACCAACUGUAAAACGCUUAGGAUGUUUGCCUCAGCUCUCAUUUGGUGUUUCAUAUGUGGUGUUAAAUGAAGGGCUUUUUAUUUACAAUAUUUCUUUUGCUGCUGUGAAAUUGUGGAUGUGUAAUGGUAACAGUAGAAGCUGGAGUAACUGGGAAACUGGAAGAUGCACAACAUUAUUGUUGUAUGGAGAUAUUUGUAUUUGUGAGGCCUCGUAAACUGCCGCGUGCUGUAUUAUCUCCUGAGACAAACACAUUUAUUUUUCAUUAUGCGUACGUGCUGCGUCAUUCUUAUUAUGCUUGGGUAAAACAACUGCUCGAACCCAGUGUUACAAACAUUCAUAAGCACAUAAAUACAAUGUAUGAAAGCUAAGUAUUAACGUUGUUCAAAUGUCAAAUGUGUGAAACCUUCAGUGUAUGUUAUCGCUGCUCAUCAGUAGAGGUGAGCGGCUGUCAAAGAGGGUGCCUUAUUGUUAUCCUUGCAGCGUAACCCAAGUUGCCUUGAUGUUCGUGAUAAACCAUUCAAGUUGCCCCUUGUGUUUUUGCAAUGUGCCCUUUCCCCGAUCAUUACCAGUUAAAGCAUCAGGAGGACGAACAAUAACAGCUUCUAAUGCAAAGUCUGUGCCUGAUUCUUUGGCCUUCCAUUCAUUUCAUGUGCCCAACAACUAAGUCACAGGUUGUUCUGAUGUUGUUAACUGUAACUGAAAGUGAGUAUACUCAUGUGUUGAGGCCAGAAGAGUUCAUUUUUUAUGUUGAACUUUGUUGGUCAUGUGCCAGUCUUUAAUGAUGCCCUGUAUUGUCAAAUAAAAGAAAAUGUUUCAGA